AUGAAGCAGUCUAGGAGCAUAGCAGACACAGUGGUAGUGUUGUUAGUGACAGUUCUGACCGUCGGAGACACAACAAGUGCGCUGGGAAUCAAACUGGAGAACAACAAGUACACCGGCCUGGUGAUCGGCGUGCACAGAAGUGUUCCACAGAACGACAGUCUGGUCCAAGCUAUCAAGGACGCCUUCAACCGCGCCUCCCGGGCGCUCUUCCUGGCCACCGACAACCGAGCCUACUUCGGCAACAUCACCAUCCUACUGCCGAGGACGUGGAACGGCACAGACUACCCCGCCGCCACCGACGAGACGUUCUGCCGAGCGGCCGUGCGAGUCGACAGGGCCAACCCCGUGUACGGGAACACGCCGUACGUCAAGCGGGCGGAGGGGUGCGGCAAGCCCGGGGAGUAUCUGCACCUCACGUCGGGAUUUCUAACGGACCCCAACGUGACCAGAAACUACGGACCUAUAGGUCGUGUACUGGUGCACGAAUGGGGCCAUUUGCGGUGGGGGCUUUUCGACGAGUACGCCUCCGGCGACAAUGCGUUCUACCUGCACGAGAACGGCGAGGUGCAGGCCACGCGGUGUUCCCUGGCGGUCCGCGGCGCGUACAGGCACAGGGACACGGGGGAGCCGUGCCGGCGGGACCCGGCCACUGCCCUGUACGAGGCCGGCUGCAGGUUUGAAGUGGACAGGAAUAACACCGACGCCACAGGGUCCAUCCUGUAUGCUCCUUACCUGGACUCGGUGUUCAAGUUCUGCCAUGGGAACGAGUCCGGUGACCCUCUGUCCUACCACAACAGCCAGGCGCCCAGCCCGCAGAACCUGCAGUGUGGCGGCCGCAGCGCCUGGGAGGUCUUGUCGGACCACCGGGACUUCGCACGGGGAGCGAACCCGCCAAAACUGUCUCAAACGUACACCGAACCGACCUUUCAGAUCGUGCGGAGCACCGACAGGAGGGUGGUGCUGGUGCUGGACGUGUCGGGAAGUAUGACCGGUCAAGGCCGCAUGGAUCGCCUGCGCCGGUCAGUGUCCAGCUACAUCCUGUCCACCCUAGAGGACGGCGCGUGGCUGGGCAUCGUGACGUUCCGCGGGACGAGUCAGAAGAUCUGUGACCUGGAGCAGCUGAACGGAGACGCCGUCCGGGAGGAGAUCCUCAACAUGACCCUGGAGGGGCUCACAAACCGCACGGGGAGGGUCGGCACUAACAUCACCCGGGCAGUCACGCUGGCAGUACAGAUCCUUGGCCCUGCGGUGCAGGACCGUAAGCUGGGAGACAGUACCGGGCCGCGGCAGAUGAUCCUGAUCACUGACGGCAGAGACCGGCGCCUCAACAACUCCGUCAUCUUCAUGCUGCAGAACGAGACGGCGAAAGGCGUGGUCAUCGACACCAUCGCGCUGGGGGACGGGGCAGAAGAGGCGCUACCGAUGCUGUCCCAGGUGACGGGAGGCCAGUUCUUCUUCUCCCCCGACAGUGACGCCGGGGGCUCGGCACUGGAUGACGCGCUCACGGCGACCGUGCUGAAGUACGUGGACGACGACAGCACCAGCGUCCCUGUUUCGACGGGAAGAUGGACCAUUUCAAUCCAAAACGAAGCCACGCGGUCGAGACGAGACACAACUGCCCAGUCCGUCCAGAUCGACGUCACCUCAAAACCUGACGACCCUGACAACCCAACCAUCACGCUGACGUGUCACCUUAGCAACCAUCACGUGACCCUGGGACAGUCGUCUGACGCCAUCGCCGUUCGCGCCGACCUGAGGAAGGGUUACACGCCGGUUCUGUCGGCUAGGGUCGCGGCGCUGGUGGAGACAACGUACGGGAACGAUACGAACAUUACACUGCUCGACAACGGCGUAGGGGCUGAUGUGUCCGCUGGCGAUGGUGUCUACUCUGCCUUCCUCCUGGUGAACGAGCUGGGAGCUGCGGCCGGCAAAACCACCCGGUACACCGUCUCGGUUCUGGCAGACAACGACGGCAACAGAACAGUCCUCUCACAAGGGCCAGGGACAAUGGCGGGGGCUCCAAUAGCACAUCCAGAUGCGGAGGUCGAGGUUGUACUGGUACCACUGGAGGAGUUCCAACGGAAGACGUCAGGUGGCGCAAUCGUCAUCGACGUCCCACAGUUAUACGUGCAGACCGACCACGCGGACCUCGACCCUUCCAGUAUCACAGACCUGCGAAUAACUGCAGUGUCCAGUCAGGACAGGACGGUCACCUUAACUUGGACAGCGGUCGGGGAAGACUAUAACUACGGCAAAGCGUCGCACUACGACAUCCGAAUAAGCGACUCUUUGUCUGACAUCUUGAGCAACUUCGAAGGGGCUUCAAAGAUCCUUCAAGACAACGUGACGUCAGGCAUCCUGACGGACCCCCGCGAAGCCGGCCAGACGGAGACCUUCACCAUCGCCCUCCCUGACGUCAGAGAGAACGCCACGUUGUUCCUCUCGGUUCGCGCGAUUGACGUCAGCGGGAAUGCCGGCAGCCCGUCCCGGCCGGUUGUUACCUCCCUCAUUUACAUCCCGCCUUUGGAACGCUCCACAGCGGCACCAAUACCAUCUGCAACUCGGUCGCCGGCAACCGUUCCCUCUGAAGCGCCCUUGUCUGCUACAUAUUUGGCCGCCGGUGUGGCAGCAGCAGUUCUGAUGGUCUUAGCCGUUGUCAUUGUCCUCAAAUCUAUGGCAAAGAGGUACCAAGCAAGCAAAGGGAAAUCUCAGAAAUUCGUGCCAGACGACAGAAGCAGCAGGUACAUUGUAGGCGACAAUGGGCACGUCAACGGAGGAUUCGCUAUGCUAGACUUCGACUUGAACUACGACAACAUCUACAUGGGAGACGACUGGAUCCCGCGAGUAAGGGGCAUGGAUGACGGAGUGCUUGAGGCGAAUCGUACUGGAGUUUUGAGAGACCCGCAAGAGGUCGUGGUUAAGUUCAAUCCGGUCUUUCACGAAAGCAUCGACGGUACAGAGAGCGUGGCCAGUGACCGGGACAUUUCGGAACUCGGCAGCGACACUGACAGCGCGGUGUACGGGAAAGAAAGCCCGGGAGGGGCGUACACUCUUGCGCAGACCCUCGCUAACAAAGUCCACCAGGUAUUCGGGAAGCCGAGAAAGUUCAGCAUCACGAACAUGAAGAGGCGGCUAAGCAGAAGCGAGACAAAUUCUGAACGGGAAUCGAGACCCGUGAGCGGGCGUAGGGCACGAGAUUCAGUGCCCGAGGACAUAAAGUUCGACAGCAUCGUCGAGAUGAACUGGCGCGCUGGUAAAGACGUCGAAAGACCGAAGUACGCGCCUCGUCGGACUAGUGUCAACAGAUCGGACACGGACAGUGACUCUACCGAGAGCGAGUCCUCUCGUCCUUUUCCGACACGUUUUCCUCACAGGAAGGACUCUGUCCUGGGGACUAUAAUUCACAGGAACGGCGGGGAGACCGCCCAGUCAGACAGCGACACGCCGCAGAGCUCCGGCAGCGACACUGGCAGCGUCGUCAUCCACGCAGUCGACAACGGCUCGCUCAGCGACGCGCUGGAUUCCUGUAGAACUACUCCCAUCAGGAGCUUCCUGUUUUCCUCGUUUGCCAACAGGACUCUAGACUUCUCCUGCAACAUCGCGUCUGAUGAGGACAGUUCUUCCAUCGCCUCCUCCACGAUGGAGACGUUCAACGCGCAGUCCAUACGACUCAUCAUGAGGACAGACUCCAUCCAGAGACGAGGCAAACGCCCCAUCUUACGCACCAGCCACCGGCGGGGCAGCGACGUCAGCACGAGCAGCAAGGACACGGAGAGCAGCGCGUCGUCCGUCAACACCGUGUCGUCCUCGCGGGAGUUCAGCCGCCUGGCCAGCAUCAUCAACAAACACGUCACGUUCGCUGAUGAGAAGUACGGAAAGGGCGGGCUCGUCAUGUCGCGCAUAUAACAGCCAGGACGUCAAAACUGAACGUUUAAGU